CUUCUCUUUGGCUCUGAAUGUUCCAUGUGUCUCACCACAACCUGUGUCGUGCUGUGACCUGCAGGUACUGCAAGAUCUGUAAGGAGGAUGCAGGGACAACACGGAAGCUGGGAAAUGGGACUGUUGACAUUCAGGGACGUGGCCAUAGAAUUCUCUCCAGAGGAGUGGGAAUACCUGGACCCUGCUCAGCAGAAUUUGUACAGGGAUGUGAUGUUGGAGACCUACAGAAACCUGGUCUCUGUGGAACUUGCUGUCUCUAAGCUGGACUUGGUCACAUUUUUUAAACAACUGAAAGAGCCCUGGAAUGUGAAGAAAGAGGAAACAGUAGCCAAGCACCCAGCACUACCUGUUAAAGGAAGCAAUAACCAGUGUUUUGAAAGCCCCAGAGAAACCCAAGACUUUGGAUAUAAGAUUGGAUUCAGUGUUCAGUCAAAUAUUUCUGAUGACUCAAGAUUUAAAAUUAAAGAAAAUAUUUCUAAAUGUGACCAGUUUGAUGAGCCCAUUGUUAAACCCUUAUUAUUCUUCCACAAACCAAUAAUACCAUCAGAUGCCAAAAUCUACAACUGUGAUCAGUAUGAUGAGGUGUUUACCCAAUCAUCAUUGCUUAAUCAACAUCAGGGAAUAAAUAAUUGGGAAGAACUUUAUAUAUCCAAUAAAACUUCAAUGUCCUUUAUCCAAAACUCUACCCUAAAUAAUUACCAAGAUAUUCAUGUUGAUGAGAGAAUUUAUCAAUGCAGUAAACCUGAAAAAACCUUGAACCAAAUCUUAUGUUCUAGGAAAUACCAGAAAGCUCAAUAUCCAGAGAUCCAAUAUAAAUGUAAAAAAUGUGAGAAAGUCUUUCAUCAAUGCUUAAAGUUUAUUAGCCAUGAGGAUAUCCAUAUUCAAGAGUAUUUCUACAAAUGUAAUGAAUGUGAAAAAGCUUUUGUCCAGUCAGGGAAACAUUCUCAAAAUAAGGGAAUUCGUAUUGGAGAAUACUCACACAGACCUUAUAAAUGUGUGAAAGUCUUUAAUCAGUCAUCCAAUAUAAGAAAACAUAACAUAAUCCAUACUGAAGAAAACCUCUACAGAUGUAAAGAAUAUGGCAAAUCCUUUAACCAGAGUUCACAGCUUGAACAUCAGAAUAUUUAUACUGAGUAUGAAUCCUACAUAUGUAAGGAAUGUGGCAAAGCCUUUACUCAGUAUUCAGUUCUUCAACAACAUCAGAGAAUUCAUACUGUAAAAAAACUGUACAAAUGUGAAGAAUGUGGCAUAUCCUUUACCCAGUCAGCAAGCCUGAGGAUACAUCAGGUAGUUCAUACUGGAGAAAAAGCCUUCAAAUGUAAAGAAUGUGGCAAAGCCUUUACUCGGUUUUCAAAUCUUAGACGACAUCAGAAAAUUCAUACUGGAGAGAAACCCUAUAAAUGUGAAGAAUGUGGCAUAUUCUUUACCCGGUUGGCAAGCCUUAGAAGACAUCAAGUAGUUCAUACUGGAGAAAAACCCUACAAGUGUGAAGAAUGUGGCAUAUCGUUUACUGAGUCAGCAAGCCUUAGAAAACAUCAGGUAGUUCAUACUGGAGAGAAACCUUACAAAUGUGAAGAAUGUGGUAAAUCCUUUAGCCAUAGUUCAUACCUUACUAAACAUCAGAGAAUUCAUACUGGAGAAAAACCCUACAAAUGCGAAGAAUGUGGCAAAGCUUUUACCCAGUCAGCAAGCCUUAGAAUACAUCAGGUAGUUCAUACUGGAAAGAAACCCUACAAAUGUGAGGAAUGUGGCAUAUCCUUUACCCAGUCAGCAAGCCUUAGACUACAUCAGGGAAUUCAUACGGGAGAGAAACCAUACAAAUGUGAAGAAUGUGGUAUAUCCUUUACCCGGUUGGCAAGCCUUAGAAGACAUCAGAGAAUUCAUACUGGAGAAAAACCCUACAAAUGUGAAGAAUGUUGCAUAUCCUUUACUCAGUCAGCUAGCCUUAGAAUACAUCAGGUAGUACAUACUGGAGAGAAACCAUACAAAUGUAAAGAAUGUGGCAAAGCCUUCACUCGGUUUUCAAAUCUUAGACGACAUCAGAAAAUUCAUACUGAAGAGAAACCCUACAAAUGUAAAGAAUGUGGUAAAUCCUUUAGACAUAGUUCAUACUUUACUCAACAUCAGAUUAUUCAUACUGGAGAGAAACCAUACAAAUGUAAGGAAUGUGGCAAAGCCUUCACUCAUUUUUCAAAUCUUAGACGACAUCGGAAAAUUCAUACUGGAGAGAAACCUUACAAAUGUGAAGAAUGUGGCAUAUCCUUUACACAGUCUUCAAGCCUUAGACAACAUCAGGGAAUUCAUACUGGAGAGAAACCCUACAAAUGUAAACACUGCGAUAAAAUCUUUUACUGUAAUUCACACCUUACUCAACAUCAGAGAAUACAUACUACAAAACCCUUAUAGAUAUAAUAUAUGUGAAAAGAGUUUUAUCCCAAAUAUACAACUUAGAAAUCACCAGAGAGUUCAUAGAAAAACAAACUUUACUGGUGCAAUAAAUGCAUGGAAGUAUUUAAUAAAAACUUAAAUAUAAGUGUAUCAGGGGAUUCAUACAAGUGACAACUAAAGCACACUUUCAGACUUUACACUAACCCAAAGUAUUUAUUGUAGAGAAUAAUGUGAAGUGAAAGCACUUAGAUAAUUUAUCUGAUCAUAUUUUUCAAAAGAGCAAGAGUAUUGAUGUUUAGACAGGUACAAUUAUAUUCCAUGGGUACUUUGUAUUGACAGUAUUUGAAAUUUUUCAAACACAAAUAUUAAUGUAAUUCUCAAAUUAGUUGAUGCUGUGCUUUCAUUCUUAAUGUUUAUAUAAAAAUAUGUGAUCUGUUAAUUUUGGAUCAGAGCUAUGAGGGGGUCAUUCAAUAUUAGGUGAAUAUGAUUAAUAUCAGUUUUUCCCUGAAAGUUUACUGGCAAAUGGAAAAUAUUAAGAAAAUGUAAAGAAAGUUAUUUUUUGUGUUUGAGUCAUAAAACAAUGAUGCAGGUAAGUAUACAGUAUGUAAUCUAGUUUUUUUUUCUUCUGUAUUAAAGUAAGAGAGAAACAUUCCAAGUUUUCAAAAUAAAUAAUUUUGCCAGUUGUCCAUAAGUAGGAAAAAACUGGCCAGUUAGUUAAAAUACUGACAUAUCUUUACAGUAGAAUCAAAUAGAAGUCUUGAAUAUUAUUUGAUGUGAUAGAGGACAUAGAAACCUUGAAUGUUAUUUGAUGUAAUAGAAAUAAAAACAUCUUCACAGAUAUCAGAGUAAAAUGAAGAUAACUCCUAUCUGAAUGGUUGUAUAUGUAUGAUAUAUGUUGACAUAGUUCUAAUAAAGAUUAUAUGAAAGUAUAA